UUGUUGAGGCCAGUGGACUGUGCCUCUCCCAGGAGCGGGGCGACGCAUUGUUUCCGAGGAUCCAAGAGAAAAAGUCCAUUGUUGUUGCGAAGUUUUUAAUCUGGGGAUUUAAAGCACAUCACAUGCUCAGACGGAGCAACAGGGCUCCCGCAACAGGCAAACUACUGCAAAAAUCCAUUUUGGGGGAAGACUAUCCAUCCCGAAAGGACGCCGAAAUAUUUUACAGACUCUGAAAUGCUGUCGCACUUAGCGGAGGAUUAAAGUUUGAGGAUCGCGGGAGGGCAGGUUGAGGAUUCUCGCCAGGAUAAGUUUAUCCUACAGAGGACAAGUUGUGAUUUUGGGGCCUCAAAGAUGUCACACACCUACAGCCAGCGCUCUCUAAUGGUUCUGUCUUUGCUGGGGAUUUUAUCGGCCAUCAUGUCUGUGUUGUCGGUCAUUCUGAUUUUCCAGCUGCAGUCACAACAGACGGCAGUGAAGGAAUCUCCCCCUUCCACCUCGGCCGUGCCAACGCAUGUUUGGGCCGUCCUGCUUCCAGUGUCCACUGUGCUCUCCGCGCUCUCCCUCACGCUCAACCUGAGCUCUGUGGUGGUGUGUCUCCUGCACAGCUACUUUUCUACAGAGAUCUGCAGAGGAGACCUAGACGCGGAAAGAGCAGACUGGUUCCUGCUGGACAGCAGGGCUGUGAGACAUGUGGCUAUUGGACUGUUUUGCCUGGGGGUUUCUGUGUACUUGGCAGCUAUGUCCAUCUAUAUGCUCCUGAUAUUUGAGGUGGAGACCGGUAUUGCCAGCGCAUGCGUCCUGUCCUCUGGCAUCCUGAUCCUGCUGGUCGUGGUAAUCCACUCUCUGGUCCGAGCCUCCCGUACUGCCAGGCCCUAUCACAGCGACCGCUUCGACACCCUGUACCAGAACGAGCAUGGAAGCAGCAGCAUUCCUGUCUCCCGGUCCUGUGAGCUCAAAAUCGGUGUUGACAAACCCCGGAUGCACCGCAGCCAUUCUAAUCUCCAGCAUCACAUCUCUUAUCCACAAUGCACCAACCCAAAACAGCGGGAGCAAGCCCAGCAUGAGCAGUACUCCCCUCCGGGGGGUCCCCAGGGCCACUCUAGCGAUAAAGACGGCUACAGCACUGGAGGCAGCUGUCCUCGCAUGCACAGGACCCUGUCUACUGAGUCUGGCUUACUGCAGGCCCAGUCCAAACCCUGGAAUGGUGUCAAUAAUGAGAUGAGGAGUGUCCUUGCACGCAAGUCAGCAAUUUCCACUAAAGACUCUACUCUAGUGUGAUAUGGAGAGGGCUGAGCUCCGGGUGGCCAAGGCAGCACUGACUAAUGGAGAAAGACGACCUUUAAAUACAUCGAGAGGACUGCUAACACAAAUGUUAUCUCAACACACACGUAAAACUGCCACUUUAUAGCUUUUUACAUUUGACAUUUUUACCAUAACCAAUACAUGGUUUACUCCGUGCAUGCUGAUAUGUGAACGGAAUAUGAUGCUGGUUUUGGUCCAAGCACAGCCAAAAACAAAACAAAAUGAAACAAAGAUUUGGACAUGUUUUAUUGUCUAACGUAAGAUGUUUGUAAACAAAUGUGACAUGGUGAUAGAAAAAAAAUAAAUAUAUCAUUUUUCACCUUUAUACACUGUAUUACCAAUUUCAGAUUGUAAGAUUAGGCACAACUUUAGUGUAAUUUGUAGUGUUUUAUACACUUGAACUUGAUUUAAAGCACAGUAUUCGCCCCGAUGUUGAGUGUGUAUCAAAUAUGAAAAUCAUAGCAUUUAUAGCUUUCAUUGAGAAGUAAUAAUGUAAAUAUUGUAUUUGACUGUAUUUAGUAAAGGGUGGCUUGCAUUAUUUUAUGCCAAAUAUUUGUACACAAUUUGCAGAUGCAUCAUGUCAUGCAUUCUCUCAGAAUUAUUUCAUAGCAAUCUUGAAUAAAUUCAUCCAAGAAAAUAUAA